AACAGCUUGAAAUUUUGAAACAGCUUUGACGGGUUAAACACGCCAAAAUCACUCUGACGCCACACAACCACAUCACCCAUCACUGAUUUGUCGAACGAAACGACGAUGAUGGAUGAUGAUGAUGACUUCUUUGGGGACCACGGUGACGCUGACGAAAUGGCUCAACGUGAGUGCCAAGCAGCAGACACUCGUCUUGAGAAGGUGGCAUACCUGGACGGAUUUGAAGAGGCCAAAGAGGCUCGGCUUCAAGAAGGAUUUGAAGCCGGUUACGUGGACGUCCACGAGAUUGCGUUUCGAUUGGGAGAACAGUUGGGCCGGAUAUCUGCAAAAGCCAAAAUAGAAAACCUUUUGGUGGGGUUUGAAGGAACUUCUCCUCUUCAGAAACAGGCAGAAGAAGUCGCACAACGUUUCCGCGAUGUUCUUGGCCGUAUCAACAAGGGAGACGAAGCCGAUGACGAUGCACCUGCUAGUCUUCUUGCUUUGGAAGAAGAUGUAAAGGAGCUUGUGGGUGUAGACGCAGGCUCUGGGGAAGGUGUGUCUGAAACUGCAGAAGGGACCAUCGAUACUGCGCCAGCUCUCACUUGCGGGCCGAUUGGAGAGGGUUCAGCACCACCACCGAUUCCUGCCGUUCAGGCUCAUGGCAAACGAUGUGCCUGUGGUUGUGUUCCCGCGAUCCUGUCACUGUUUGAAAUGGCCGAACUGAGAAAGCAAGCAAAACUGACAAAAGCGGCGGAGGCGAAAGCAAACGCUUGAAUCUAAUGCAAUCAACAUGAUAAAAAAACAGCCAGUGGGUUUUUAGAAUAUUGUUACCUUGGGCUUCCGGUCUGGGUACCUCCACAACUCAGAAGUUCUGCAUUGGACACAGCACUGCUACGGCAUGGCGUGAUGGUCUGCAUUGUUCCGAUAACGGAUGGAACAGCAGAACAGGCAACGUGUUUGAAGAAAGCCACAGAUAUCUUGAUUGAGGAAAGCCACAGAUGCCUGAGGACGAUUGACAGCCUUCCAUUUUGGGGUAUUUUGCUCAAGACCCAGCAAAGCACAUGCUGCGCAUUGGCAACUUUUAUUUCUUGCGCUGAGGCAACAACCAGGCCAUGGCUAGUAGCUAGCAGUCAAUAGAAUCGACUCAUCAUCAUUUACCAAAUCAAAAAUUGCUGUAAACUAGACAGACUUCUUUCAGAUUG